AGCUACUACACACACCGAAUCCCCCUCUCUCUCUCUCUCUCUCUCUCUCUCUUCCCCUCCAAUGGCGCAGGAGCCCUCCUCCGCUGCUCCCUCUCCCUCCCUCGACGACACCCUUCGUCUCCUCCGCGGCGACCGCGACGAGCAGAAGCUCGCCGGGCUCCUCCUCGCCUCCAAGCUCUGCGGCGCCGGCGGCGACGGCGCCGAUGCCGACGCCGUCAUCAAGGUCUACCGCGCCGUUGGCCCCCGCUUCCUCAGCCGCCUCCUCAUCACCGGGAUGGGGAAGGGAGCGGGCGACGCGAAGGGCGCGGAGGAGCGGGAGGCGUACCUGAGGCUCGCUAUCUCGGUACUCGCGGCGUUCGCUAGGGUUCCGGAGAUCGCGUCGUCGGAGGGGAUGGUCUCGGAGGUCCCUCUUGUGGCGGAGAUCGUUUCCAAGGCGAUUGACCAAUCUAUUGUUGAGGAAUGCUAUGAAUUCUUGUUGUUGGUUGCUUUGGCUUCUGAAGAUGGAAGAGCUAAAUUUUAUGAGCCUGGAGUUCUGGACUUGCUAGCUUCUCAUAUCUUGAACCUACCGGACGGUUCCCGAUCUUUAGAACUUGCUGUUCGACUUUUGGAGCUGCUGGUGAACAAGCUUACGAUAGAUAUGAUGAAUGACGAAAACCUGCAAGGAAUAGCAUCCAUGGUGGCUUCCCUUGCUAGACUCUUUGCCGUCCUGCACAACGCCAUUAAAUUUGACGCACUGCACAUGCUUAGUGUUCUUCUAUCCCAAAAAGAUACUCCACUCCAUGAUGCUCUUAGGUCAAUGCCAAGUCGAAUUUCGGCGGCUCAUAUACGUACCGGCAUUACAGCUAUUCUUCAGAAUCGUGUUGUUUCCUCUGAAAAGCUUCAAGCUCUUCUCCUGGCUGAGUGCAUGAUGUCUAUACUUGGUGAAAAUUGGCUGCUGGAACAGACUAACAUACCCGAAGAGCAAAAGCCCAUGCCUGUUGAAAAGUUUCUACUACUUGUGCUAGAGUCAGCAAGGAUUGAAGUUGCUGUUCUUCUCAACGAACUUGCUUACUCAAAGUAUGAAUUAUCCAAAAGUUCAUCUAAUGCUGAAGAAGCCAUCAAGCAGAAGCAGCGCAGUUUGGCUAUACCAUUUUCAUUAAUUGAGAAAAUAGUCAAAUUGAUCUCUAAUGUUAGUGGGGCAGAAGGUCUAUAUAUCAGUGAAAGUACUAUAACAAAAGCAAUUGCUGGAUUGAAUGAGACUAUCAAUGCUGUAUUAGAUUUUCUGCAAGAUUCGAAGGAUCAUGGACAAAGGAAAGGUGAUGAUCUUUUAGCUGCAGUACGAAUAAUCGGAAGUUAUCUUGCAGAAGCUCCCUAUGCCUGCAAUCAGAAGACUCGAGAUCUCUUGGAAUAUAUUCUCUCUGUUGAAGGUGAAGAUGAAUCAAGCCCCUUCUAUUCUGUCUGCUUCAUGCUUCCAAUGUUGUGCCAAAUAACUAUGGAGGUCGAGGGAUGCAAAACCUUGGUUUCCUUUGGAGGACAUAGAUCUGUUGUGAACUGCCUUAUAAAAAUGAUUGAGCAAGAUGCAAUGAUGGUUGAGGAUAAUGGGACAAUAUUUUUGGCAUGCGACACCAUUUUGAACUUUCUGUCUAAUAGAACGGGCGUUCAAGUUCAAUUAGAACCUCACUUUGUCAAUCUUCUACGGACGCUAGCUUUGUGGGCUGGUACUACUAAUGAUCCAUCGAUUAUCAUGAUGGCUUCGAGCAUAUGCACAUUGAUAUUUGACCUAACGUCGGAGGAAUCUCUCUUAAACCGUUCCGAUUUUGACCCCAGAACCCUCGAAAGUUUGUCGCAACUCAUCAUCAGAAGCUUGGAUCAGGACAUAAUCGAUGAAUCAAGGGAUCAUAGCGACUUACGACAAAUAAUUACUGCAGGUUAUAGAAGGUGGGCUGAGCGGUUCCCGAGCGUCAGAAACGCCGUCGAACGUGCAGUAAACAUAUCAACUGCUGGUGCUAUUCCAUCAUGAAACACUGCCAAAUUGUGUUUUCUAUCAUCUGAGGCAGAAGAACAGUUUGCCGCACAAUUUUCAGCCCCAUGGAGCUUCCGGCAGUUGCAUAUCGAGUCGAUGUGCAUGUCAGAUAACCAGCUGAAUUACUACUACAUCUUUUGAUUUGUGAUCGACUGCUGCGAGCCGUAUUUUCAUGAUGCUUCUGCAAAUACCUUGAAGCCGUCGGUGUCAGUCACUUUAUACCACUAGCAAUUUAAGUUUGCUGUACUGUUUAUAUCCCUUGUAGGUUGAUAUGAUGUAACAAAAAUAUGGCAUACACUUGCAUAAACUCUUUGUUGGAAGUAUAAUUUAACAUUUAUGAGAUGUUCUACCUCGCAUGAAAUUCAGUAA